AUGAGUCUUGAAGUCCCGCUUCCCAAAGACGAGGCGGUCGACAAAGUCAAGGCCCGAAGUGACCCCCUUUAUGGAGCCAAGGCAGACAGGAAUGGAUGGUACCAUUGUCCCAUGUUCAGCCAAUCCAAAUGCGCCCAUAAGCCCACCAAGCAGAGGUGCAUCUACAACAAGUACCUGGACUCCCACCUGAGGCCCUACAGGUGCAAGUUUGCCGAUCGACCAGAGUGCGAGGAUGCCCGGUUUUCUUCCAACGCAUGCCUUUUUCGCCAUGAGAGAGAGGCCCAUGGACUUCACAACCACGGACUGAACCCCUUCCUAUGCAAGUUCCCGGAUUGUGAUCGUGCUCGAGACGGGAAUGGCUUUCCUCGUCGAUGGAACCAACGUGAUCACAUGAAGCGAGUGCACGAUUACAUCGAAGAAGACUCGCCCAGAGAUCGGCCCACUGUCCCGGACCCGUCUAAGAGGAGAAAAGGCCCAGCCACUGCGCCGACGUCGACACCUAUGAGGAGGACCGGAUCCUCAGCCUUGGCCAGAGCCCAGGCGAUGGCGGGCGCCACCGUCAACCCCAAGCACUAUAGCCCUACUGUCAGCCAGGCUCGAUACAACACUCCAUACAUGUAUACUGGCUGA